GAUGUUUCUCUAAAAUCUAGACAGACGCCCUCUGUCAGAUCAGUUCUCCCUUAGCGUUUACAUGGCCAUACUUGUCAUUUAGUUGUUGAAAUCGUCCAUUGACUCACUCAUCCAUUCAAAGCACGAACGGAACAAGAUUCCUUCGCGAAAGCUUGUGAUAUUUUCAUGGUCAGUCUAACCGUAUCACAAUCCUAGCUCUUUGUAGGACAUUUAUUACGUUGCAUACAGCCCGAAAGACCCGAAAACUGGACUCCAUAUACUGUUAUAUAUAAUGCCACCACAAACCUUGAGGCAAGCGAUUAUUUUCUUUAUGUCAUAACUUUGCUACUGCUGCAAUUUAUUUAAAGUAGUAAUUUCAAAUGGAGGGGGUCACUGAAGAUGAGGUUCUCUCUGAUUUCAAAGACCGGCGCUUGGGAGUAUGGGGAAUCGCGCAAAUAACCGCUGGUUCUGGGCUCGCUGUCUACGCGAUGUGGGUGGGUAUCCUUCAACCAGGGUUCCGAAGGGUGCCAUUAAAAUUACAGGUUCCAUACCUCCCUGCCAGCAAGACACAAGUGCGUAAUGUGAUGACGUUACUGAGAGGUCGACAGGGGACGCUUAUGGAUUUGGGCUCUGGCGAUGGACGAAUCGUACUGGCAGCCCAUCGUCAGGGCUUCAGUCCCACGAUUGGCUACGAGCUCAAUCCUUGGCUAGUCCGGCUGUCCCGGUUUUACGCUUGGAGAGCCGGUCUUCAUGAGGAAGUGUCCUAUCGGCGGGAGGAUCUCUGGAAGGUUGACCUGACGAAGUGCAAAAAUGUCACUGUAUUUUUGGCCCCUAGUGUGCUGACGCUGCUUCAAGAGAAACUACAGGCCGAGCUCCCCGAUGAUGCGUUAGUAGUGGCCGGUCGGUUCCCCUUCGUCAAUUGGACAGCCUGUCAAGAGGAGGGCCAAGGCGUGGACAGAGUCUGGGCUUACAGCAUGAAGGCCCAGAGGCAAAAUGCCUGCACGACCCAGGAAGCACAUAUCGAUCCGGUCAUUGAAGUAGUGUUAUAGUAGUGUUGAAGGUAGGAAAAAACUACUGGAUCACAGUCGUUAUUUAUGCACACAAGAAGUUUGAUUGUAUUCCUCUAUUUUGUUUUAAGAUCAUUCAGAUCAAUUAAUGUAAAGUGAAUAAGCUAAUGGAUGCACACUACAGUUUUUUUUUGUGUUGUAUUGUUUAUUGAAGAAUUUUCUCUACAAACAGCCGAUUCACUACUAGAAAAUUAUUUUUAGAAGAAAAAUGAGACUCCAAUAUGUAACCCUGCCAAAUGUGUGUGUGAUAUUAAAAAUCUCGCUGUUCAUUGACUGUUCGGUAGAACAUUUUAUUCUGAAAAAAUCCUGUGUUGUGUAGAACAAAAUAGCUUUUUUUCAAUAAAUACAACUUGCAAUAGUGGUCUGGGUCAUGAAACCAUCUAACAUUCUUGGUGCAAACAGAUAUUUUAGUCGAUUAACAAAAAUACCCGUUAUCACAGUCAUCAAAUUGGCAAAUACACAUGCCGCGUUUGUCCUUGGACCCAAACCGUGCUCUAAGGUUUCAUCAUUCUAAAGGGAUUAACGUUAGAAGUGGAACUGGAACCUGCUCUAUGAUGAUUCUAAUUAUUUCAGACAUUAUGAUGUGGGAAAUCGUUUCCAUCCAUCCCAAUGCAAUAACAAUUUCGUUCUCCCUGAAGAAACAUAGCCAGAAUCCAACUUGGGUGGGCCCAGAGAAAAUUGGGUAUGGCUUUGCCCAUCCAAAUCACUGGACGUACAAAUAGUAUUAAAGCUUCCUGAUUGGACAGAUUCCCCAACCACAGUUAUGCGUUUUUCUUCAAGUGUGGCCAUAAUAUGGCCCACUGCUAUUCCCCUUAUGGAGACUUAUACCCAUACUGUACAGUUUAAUCCGAAAAAC